UUGUUGUGUCGAUGACUCAUUCGAUCGCAGUCGUGCCCAAGUGUUUGAGAGAUAAGAAAUUUAUGAUGCAAGUCAAUAAAGGUGGAUCUUGCUGCAAGCGUUAUGCUAACACGCAUAAAAAUGAUCAGAAACGUGACGUGCAUAAAGCAAUUUUCUUGACGAACAAAGCAUUUACUGCUCGUUAUGAUGAAUUAACGGAGCUCAGUGCACAGUUAGCAAGUAAUCUUAGGAUAUCCAAGAGUCUCCAAUCCAAAAGGAAAAACACACAACACAAUGGUAUCAUAACAGGUAAAUCCGAGAAGCAAGCUAUGAAUUUCUCAAGUGCUAUGCAAGGUGAUACGACAAAUCCUAUGCAGUUUGCAAGCAGUUCUCUGAUUUCCUGGAAUACUAAAUUGGAAAUGAAGGACACAAAGCAUAAUAUAGCACCAAAAUAUAAAAAGCCCAUGAAAGAAAAAAAGAAAGAUACAACAGUAUCAGAUAACAGCAAAAUCAAGACUAAGAAUUUAGUUAAAGACCAGGUCAAUACUCAAUAUGAUGAUAAAGGAAAAUACUCGAAAUUAACAAGGCAAGAUACAAAAAAUAAGACAGAAACAGAAAACAAAUCAAAUAUAGGAAAUAUAUUGAAAAAAAAUAAUGAAACAAUAUAUAGCAAAAAAAUAAUAAAAAACGAUGCAAAGAAAAAACAAAGUACGAGGAAAGCAUUCAAGAAGAUAUUUUCAAGUUAUAUACCUAUUUCAGUAAUGAAGAAUAUUUUAAAAAAACAGUCAUCUAAUGGUAUACAAUAUGUAAAAGGAAAUCUCCGUAUAAAUCCUUUUUCAGCUAAACAUGCAUAUUUAAGUAUAAGUAAUGAAGAACACGACCUGGUAAUCAUGGGUAUACCAAAUAGAAAUCGUGCUUUUGAAGGAGAUCUAGUUGUGGCAUGUGUAAACCCUGAAAAUUUAUGGCGAACUUUACCCAGUGGAGAAAUACAAAAAACUGGUAAAGUGGUUUGUAUAUUAGAGAAAGUGCAUCCGAGACGAGCAGUCGGAUAUAUAAAGAAACAUGAUUCACUCCUAUUGUUUUAUCCAAGGGAUCAUAGGAUACCAUUGGUUGAGAUACUUCCUGAAUCCAUGCCACCUUUAUUUCGCGAUCAACCAGAACUUUUCGACAAUAUGAUGUUUUUAGUUAAUAUCGAUUUGUGGGAACGGCUACGUGCAUUUGGGCGGAUUCUUUCUGUAGUGGGUAAAUAUGGCGAAAUAAAUACGGAACUAACAGCAGUAAUACUUGAAAAUAAUUUAGAUUUGUCCCCAUAUCAUGAAAACCUAUUGAAAGGACUUCCAGGUAGUGAUUACAUUUUAACGGACACUGACAUGAAAGAUAGAGAAGACUGGAGACAUGAAUGCAUUUUCACGAUAGAUCCCGUAACAGCUGUUGAUAUAGAUGAUGCCUUUUCUUGCAAAAUCUUGGACAAUGGAAACUAUGAAAUCGGUGUACAUAUAUCAGAUGUCACGCACUACUUAAAAUUUUUCUCUCCAUUAGAUAAGGAAGUUUUGAAACGAGCUACUACCGUUUAUUUGCCACACAUGACUUCUCAUAUGCUACCAGAGGAACUAUGUAAAGUUUGUUCCUUAUUACCUGGUAAAGAUAGCUUAGCCUUUUCUGUAAUCUGGGAAAUGACACCAGAGGCCAAAAUUGUAAAACAUCGUUUCGCGAAGACUAUGAUAAGAUCGUGUUGUCAAAUGUCCUAUGACUCGGCUCAAGCUAUGCUCAACGACCCAAAAAAAUCUUGGCCCGAAGAUUUCCUAGACAUAAAAGGAGACUAUACCGCAUCGUUAUUAUCUGACAUAGUGAACAAGUUAUUUAAAUUAUCCACUCAGUUACAAAACAAACGAUUUGUUAAUGGGGCACUGAAAUUAUGUAAACCAAAUUUACGGAUAGAUGUAGAUCCCGUACUCAGUCAAGAACAUGGGAUUCCGAUACCUGUAAACUAUCAUGUACUUGAAAAAACUGAUAGCAAUAGUCUUGUAGAAGAAUUUAUGCUGUUGGCAAAUAUGACAGUCGCCGUACAAUUGUAUACUGCAAUUCCCGAAACAGCUUUAUUACGCGUACACAAAGAGCCUAAGCACAAUCUCUAUUCACUUCGUGAUAUGCUACAAAAAUAUGGAAUUCAUUUGAAUAUUGAAACAGCUUACGACUUACAGGCCAGCAUCAAUCGCUAUGAACCAGAAAAUAACUCUGUCACGGUUGAUUCCAUGAAAUAUAUUGCAAUGGCUAUCGUACAUUUAUGUUCAAAGACUAUGGCACGUGCAGAAUAUAUAUGUGCAUCUACCAUUUCGCUGUAUGAUUUGAAACACUAUGCAUUAAAUGUGUCGUUUUAUACGCACUUUACCUCCCCUAUUCGAAGAUAUUCCGAUUGUAUAGUUCAUCGUUUGCUCAAUGCAACGCUUGAAAAUAAACCUUUACCAGAACAAUGGACGAUUAAGUUAUGUUCCGAGAUUGCAGCCAAUUGCAAUGUGAAGAAAUAUAAUGCGAAAUUGGCUUACGAACAGAGCACGGAGAUAUUCUUUGCAUAUAUGGUAGGUCUUGCAGGCGGUUUUACAACGAUAGCUACCGUAUUAUGCGUCAAGGAAGACAGUAUAGAAAUUCUUCUCUGUGACACUGGCAUAAAACUAAAAGUAAAAUUCAAAGACAUAGAAAACGAUGCUACAUUGAAGUAUUCCGCAGAUGAUGUAUCAACUGUAACUGUUAAUUGGAAAGAACCUCCUAUUGUCCAGGUAAUCAAUUUGUUUAGUUUGGUGCAUGUACAGAUAACAAAAAUUAGUGAAGAAUUUCAUAUAAAAGCAACUCUUUUACCCCCACCGCAACAGUAAACAGAUUUAUACCAUUUCUAAUUGAUUUUGUAGUGAUCAACUAUAUUAUUUGUGACGAAAUUAUUAUAUGACGAAGAAUUUUUCAAUAAUUAUGAAUAUUCAUAUAUAUAGUAUA